UGGGACGCCAGAGGAGCUAAGUGCGUCAGUUGUGGAGAGACGUAGACGAGUUGAGUCCUGGUCUGCGGGGAGGCGGCCGGCUCUAUCGCAGACUACGGACCUCUCUGGGUCUCAGCUGCCAAAGAUCCUGUCCGGUAGGUGAGUGGCUCACUUUGAGGGAAAGGCUUCUCGGAUCGAGGCUUCUUCAUGGCCGCUCAGAUCGCGAGUGGUCAGGGCUGCUCUCUGUGCGGAGGACGGCGUCCAAUGAGCGCAGUUUAUUCGAGGGACCCGGCCUAAUAAGAGGCACUCUUGGCAAUCUUGUUUAUAACAUCACCGGAAAGUACUAGCCGGACAUGAGUGGCUGUCGAGUAUUCAUCGGGAGGCUAAAUCCGGCGGCCAGGGAGAAAGACGUGGAAAGAUUCUUCAAGGGGUAUGGACGAAUAAGAGAUAUUGAUCUGAAAAGAGGCUUUGGUUUUGUGGAAUUUGAAGAUCCCAGGGAUGCGGAUGAUGCUGUAUAUGAACUUGAUGGAAAAGAACUCUGCAGUGAAAGGGUUACAAUUGAGCAUGCUAGGGCUCGAUCUCGAGGUGGAAGAGGUAGAGGACGCUACUCAGACCGUUUUAGUAGUCGCAGACCUCGAAAUGAUAGACGAAAUGCUCCACCUGUAAGAACAGAAAAUCGGCUUAUAGUUGAGAAUUUAUCUUCAAGAGUCAGCUGGCAGGAUCUCAAAGAUUUCAUGAGACAAGCUGGGGAAGUAACCUUUGCGGAUGCACAUCGACCUAAAUUAAAUGAGGGGGUAGUUGAGUUUGCCUCUUAUGGUGACUUAAAGAAUGCUAUUGAAAAACUUUCUGGAAAAGAAAUAAAUGGGAGAAAAAUCAAAUUAAUUGAAGGCAGCAAAAGGCACAGUAGGUCACGAAGCAGGUCUCGUUCCCGUACUAGGAGUUCCUCGAGGUCUCGUAGCCGAUCUCGUUCCCGGAGUCGCAAGUCUUACAGCCGGUCCAGGAGCCGGAGUCGGAGCCGGAGCAAGUCUCGUUCUGUUAGUAGGUCUCCUGUGCCUGAGAAGAGCCAGAAACGUGGUUCUUCAAGUAGAUCUAAGUCUCCAGCAUCUGUGGAUCGCCAGAGGUCCCGGUCCCGGUCCCGGUCAAGGUCCAGAUCAGUUGACAGUGGCAAUUAAACUGUAAAUAACUUGCCCUAGGGGCCUUUUUAAAAAAAAAAAAAUCCCAAACCAUACUUGCUAAAAAUUCUGGUAAGUAUGUGCUUUUCUGUGGGGUGGGAUUUGGAGGGGGGUGGGUUGGGCUGGAUAUCUUUGUAGAUGUGGACCACCAGGGGUUGUUGCAAACCAAUUGUAUUAAAUGUCUUUUGAUAAGCCUUCUGCUCACAUUUUUGUGAAUGUCUGAAGUAUAUAGUUUGUGUAUAUUGACAGAGCUCUUUUAUUACUAAAGCAAAUUUAAUUUUUUUGUACUAGAAAAAUUUUGAACGUUUUAGUUCCUGGUUAUUCAGAUAAUGUUAAUGCAAAAUUAGUUUAAUGCCUCAAUUAAACUAAUUAAUAGCUUUGGACAGUUAAAAGAGCUCUUAAUUUGCUUGUACAUAAAGGCUUAAUGAGUUUUCCUUGUUAGGGUUAAGGGUGUCCACCCACCCACCCUUUAACAGCUGUCUGGCAAAGACGUUAAGACAGCUGUUUGUUAUUGAUAAUAAAAGGUUAUAAAACUGCA